GUGGGACUAAGAGAUGGAGCCCUCUUCCCAGAUCCCGAUCCAGGGUACAAGCGGGCACUGCGGCUUUGGGAGCGCCGGUCAUUUCUCCAAAGUACCGGGAAACUCCGGGCUGAGAAAUUGGUUUGGGCAGCGAGGAUGGUGUGGGGGAAAGCGGCCUUUUGGAGGCAGGGAAGGGCGGAGCCAACUGCACUGAGAGUGCCCUGCCUGCCCACUCCGCUCUCUGCCCCUGCUCUCGGUUCCCUGCGCUCCGCGUUCCGCGGGGGGGUGGGGGGGGUGAGAAAAUAGACUUUUCCUCCACCCCGCCCCCCGCCUCCCCCCAGGCCGGGAAAUAGGCAAAGGCGGAGUAUCCUGCCGGGCUUCCCUUUUGCCUCUUGCUAAAAUCAGGGCGUGUUCCGGGUGUGAUUCAGUGCGGACCAGGCUGCCCAGGCUGAGACAAAUCCCCGGGUGCUGCUCUACCUUGCUCUGUUCAGCAGCUCAAUUGCUCUCACGCAGCGCAGCUCAGGUGCGCUCCGCGUCAGCUCCUUAGCCUCACCAGGGUCCAGCUUGAAGGUCAAGAAUGGCAACUCAGGAAAAGAAACCAGAAAAUCUGGAGUCUUCUGGAUUCAGCUCUCUUUUCACUAUGCAACAAUGAGAUGGCAGAGAAACAUCAAGGAAAAUAAUAUAAAUGAACACUUAGUUCACCUUUCAAACCCAAAUAUUUCAGAAAUGAAAGAAGAUUUUCUUUACCAUUUCAAUCUUGGGACUGGAACUCAUGAUUUACAGGCCAUGUUUGGAGAUGUAAAGUUUGUAUGUGUUGGAGGAAGUCCUGCUCGGAUGAAAGCUUUCAUUAGCUAUAUAGGUGAAGAGCUGGGACUUGCACAACCUGGCAUGGACCAUCCUAACAUUUGUGAAGGAACUGACCGCUAUGCCAUGUAUAAGAUUGGACCUGUGUUAUCAGUUAGUCAUGGUAUGGGAAUUCCUUCCAUUGGGAUCAUGUUACAUGAACUCAUCAAGUUACUGUAUCAUGCCAAGUGUUCUGAUGUUGUCAUCAUUCGCAUCGGCACAUGUGGUGGAAUAGGUCUAGAACCUGGUUCGGUUGUGCUAACUAGACAAGCUACAGAUUCUUGCUUCAAACCUGAAUUUGAACAAAUUGUUUUGGGGAAGCCCAUAGUCCGAAGUACCGACCUCAGUGAUGACCUAAAUCAGGAAUUAAUGGAGUGUGCCAAGGAGAUAAAUGAGUUUAACACUGUUAUGGGAAACACCAUGUGUACUUUAGACUUCUAUGAAGGCCAAGCGCGCUUGGAUGGUGCUUUCUGCUCAUAUACGGACAAGGAGAAGCAAGAGUAUUUACAGGCGGCUUACGCUGCUGGAAUCAGAAACAUUGAGAUGGAAUCUUCUAUCUUUGCAGCCAUGUGUGGUGCCAGUGGCAUCAAAGCUGCUGUUGUGUGUGUUACCCUUCUAAAUCGUCUCAAGGGAGAUCAGAUUAGCAGCUCUCAUGAGGUGCUUCUCGAGUAUCAGAAGAGACCACAGAAAUUAGUAGGACGCUUCAUCAAAAAACGUCUGGGAGGAAAAGCAUGAAAAUCUUGUGUUUUAAAAAAAAAUUAAGAAAAUCUUGUAAUUAUUUGCAAUUAAAAUAAUGGUUCUCAGUUGUAUUCUUUUAACAUUUUGUAAACUGAAAUAUCAGAUAAAGGUGACUUAUUCUUAUAUAUGA